ACUGCCCGACGGGAGCUGUAGUUUAUUAGCCGUCCAGGCUGAUUGGGCAGCAUGGCGGCUCAGCUGGAGGAGAAUGGCUGCAGCAGGCAGAGCAGCCCCACCGCCGGGGACUCUGACAGCGAGGUGGCCGAUUCUGCUCGCCAUAAGCUUGAAUCUCUCCUGAAUCGCAACAUGCGGAUAGAAAUGACAGACGGACGUUCACUAGUGGGAUGUUUCCUCUGCACGGACCGGGAUUGUAAUGUUAUCCUGGGCUCGGCGCAAGAAUUCCUCCGACCAUCAGACUCGUUUCCGGUCAGAGAGCCACGCGUCCUGGGUCUCGCCAUGGUUCCUGGCCACCACAUCGUCUCCAUAGAGGUGGAACUUGAAAACGUGGCCUCCCCUCAGUAUCUCUGAGCCUCGCUGACAGUUUAACCAUUUGUUUUUUGGCAAGGGGAGAAGCAGAUCUGUAGCAGAGUCAUUGCCAUUUUAAAAACUUAGAAAUGCGGCUAAUAUGUCUCUCUUUAUGUGCAUUUUGUGUAUUUAUUAAUACACGUGUCUAUAAAAGACCUGUCUUUCAGCUGUAUUCUGUGUACAUAAAUCUGCACAAGUUGCUUAUGGUAUUAAAAUUAAAUUAUUUAUA